AAAAAAAAAAAAAAAAAAAAAAAAAAAAAAAAAAAAAAAGGAGGCGAAGUUCAGCUAAGCGAAACACGCGCGGCAAUGACGCCUUCGCUCAAACUCGCGGACGAUCAGCGCUUCGCGCUCAUGAAGCUCAGGCGCAGCGUGCAAGACGUUUUGCAACCCUAUCACGACGAUCACUUCUUGCUGCGCUGGCUGAGAGCUAGAAAAUGGGAUGCCGCGGCUGCCGAAAAAAUGCUGAGGGACUCGCUGGCCUGGAGAAAGCGCUGGGACGUCGAUCAGCUCCAGGAGUGGGAAGAGCCGAAAAUUCUGAGAGAGUACCUUCCACACGGCCUCUCUGGAUUCGACAAGGACGGAGCACCGGUGAUAAUCGUGCCAUUCGCUGGUUUGGACCUUUACGGGAUACUGCAUGUGGUCAGUCGCAAGGAGAUGAUAAAAAUGACGGUGAAAAAGCUGGAGGGGUACUUGCAAAUCUGCAGAGAGCAGAGCGAAAAAUUCGGACCAGACGCCGGUCAGUGCACCGUCAUCUUCGACAUGGAAAAUUUCAACCUCAGACCGUUCAUGUGGCGGCCAGCCGGAGAACUCAUAAUAGCGCUGAUUCAGAUGUACGAGGCGAAUUACCCGGAAAUUCUCAAAAUUUGUUACAUGAUCAAUGCACCCAAGGUGUUUGCGUUUGCUUUCUCGAUUGCCAAAAAAUUUAUGAACGAGUACACAAUAUCCAAGAUUCAAAUAUACAAGUCUGAUCCCAACAAGUGGAAGAACGCCGUUCUGAAGAUGAUUCCCGAGGAACAGCUGCCGGUUCACUUUGGAGGAAAAUUAGCCGAUCCCGAUGGUAAUCCCCGAUACACGUCCAAGAUAUGCCAAGGUGGUAAAGUUCCCAAAAACCAGUACAAAAACAAAGGCGACGCGGAGAGGAACGAUGAAUUUACAACCGCGACCAUCAAGAAAGGUGACAAGCUGAAACUCGAUUUCAAGCCCGAUGAAGUGGGAUCGCUGUUGAGCUGGGAGUUUCAUUUAGACGAGCAUGACAUCAAGUUUGGAGUUGUCAGGAGAGGAAAUGAUGGAUCUCAAAAGGAAAUCAUUCCAGUUCACCGAGUAUCUCCUCAACAGUCGGACGAAGUUGGUCUUGUUACGUGCGACAUUGCCCCAGCUAUUUAUUCCGUGGUAUUCGACAACAGUUACAGUCUGCUCAGAAACAAAAAGAUUCACUACUGCAUUCGUAUGGUCCCUCCAUCAGCUUUAGAUGAAAGUACAUUAGUAUCGGCAUGAGAUGUUUUUCUUUUGUAAAUAACGGAAAAUGUUAAGUUUUAUAAAUUUUUACAAUCCUA